UAAAUCCCAAACCCAGAAAUGAGGAAGGUUUUGUGCGUGGAGCCUGUCAUUUUCAUCUACAUGUUUGCGUCUUCCUUGACAAGCCCGCUGGUGCAGCAGUUCAUCUACCGGCGGCUGUGGGAGGAAGAGUACAACUCCACUUUCGUAAGCGAUAGCAAUGCCAGUUACUGUGAACAGAAUAAAAGUAGCCCGACUUAUAUCAAGCAGAAGGAAGUUCAAGAAAAAGCCUCUGUUUUUAAUAUGCAGUUGGACUUAACUGGGGCAGUUCCCAGCCUUAUAGUUGCCUUUGUCAUUGUAGCUAAUGGGGAUCGCCAGGGACGCAAAAGGUCUUUAGUUUUACCAUCAGUGGGAGCUUUGAUUGCUGAUAUUUGCCUCACUGUAAUAUCAUAUUUUUCCUUGUCACUCUCUAUCCUAUUUGCGGUUGCAUUUAUUACUGGACUGUUUGGGAGUGCGGCAACUUUCCUUGGAGGAGGCUUUGCUUUUAUAGCAGACGUGUGUCACGAUGAGAAGCAGAAGACAACGCGAAUAGCUGUGGUGGAUUUGAUUUUUGGAGUUGUAUCUGGAUUGGCAGGACUGUCAUCUGGCUACUUUCUAAGAGGAAUAGGCUUUACAUGGACAUUUGUGACGGCAUCUCUGCUUCAUGUUGUUAAUAUUAUCUAUAUUAUAUUUCUUCUGGAAGAUACAGUUGGCGUAUCUGAAUUCCAGCACCAGGCACCAGUAUCUUGUAAAGAACUUCUGAGAGAGACAUUUUCUGGAGUGUACAUGCUUUUUAAAACUGCCCCUUAUAAAAAGAGAAUUUUAAUCACUGUGUUACUUUUUACAUUUAUGACUUACUUGUUUACUAUGGUUGGUGGGAGUUCGCUUUUUACACUGUAUGAACUGGAUGAGCCACUCUGCUGGAAUGAAGUAUACAUUGGAUAUGGAGCAGCUGCGUUCACUUCUGUCUCUCUGACCAGUUUUUUAGGAGUUUACUUAUUUUCUAAAUGUCUCAAAGAAAUUUAUAUUGUCUUUAUCGGGAUAUUUUCUUACAUUGGAGGAAUGGUCAUGGCUGCCUUUGCCAAAACUACCCUGCUUAUGUUUUUAGUAAGAGUGCCAUCUUUGCUCUGCUUUAUGCCUAUUCCUGUUCUCCGAUCCAUGCUGUCAAAAGUGGUUCUCGCUGGUGAACAGGGUGCUGUGUUUGCUUGUAUUGCCUGUUUAGAAGUUGUGACCGGCACUAUUUCACUUUCAGUUUUUAAUAUUAUCUAUGCAGCUACUGUUGCAUGGUUUUCAGGCUUUAGCUUCCUCUUAUCAGCAGGACUUUGUCUAAUUCCACUGGCUGUCCUGUGCUGGCUUCUGUGCACAAGCUGGAAUGGGGAGGACUUGGCUCUGCUUGUACCUGAAGAAGUAUCCAGUAUAGAGAGCGCUGACAGUUGAACGGAGGAUUCACCUACCUGCGUUUUCUAAUCUGGCAUGCAGUGGCAGAGACCGUUAUGUCAUACAGAGAUCAAUAGAGAUAACACAAGAGUUACAGAUGCAAUCUCAAAGUGGCCCUGCAGCAAUAAGCACUAAAUUGGUAGCACUCUUUACCCAGUCUCUUUUUAGCACUUGAAAAAACUAGCUCUUAUACUUAACUAUGCAAAUAGGCUGGCAAUGGAGAUUUUAAUGCUGCUUUCAGCAUGAAGAAAAAAAAUAAGGUAGGAUGAUACUCUUUCAGCUGUGGAUUGUGAUACAUCUUGUAUCAUUCUAACUGGGGCGACAGGGAUAAGCUUAUCAACUCAGAGGGUGCUGGCAAUUCUGCUGAAGCCAGUGGAGCUCAUGCCAGCUGAGGACGCGGUCCACUGUGUACAUCUUAAAAAGCCUGUCUUAAUGGUGAAGCCUCCAAACCUGUCUAAAAUUACUAAACUAAAAGGUACUUUUUUCAGAAAGCAACCAAACUGGAGGCAGUACUUGCACCUGCUGUAAGUAGAUGUACUGCUCUGCAGUUAGCAGAGAGUUUUUGAGCAAGUUUAAUGUAUGAUGUGUGGACCUUGCCUGUGACUUAGCUCUUAAAAUGGAUUUUCACACAGAACUGUCAUACUUAGAAAAUUUCCAGCUUGCAGAGUGUGAAGUUAGGCCUAUGCCUACAUUUUGCAGAGGCCAUA